UUUAAUUUGCUAAACAGCAGCAUGGAUCAGAGUAUCACCAACCGUGCAUCCUCCGCCAGCCCUUACAACUCGGAGCACACCUCGAAUGUCCCGACGCCGUCUCCCUACUCACAGCCAAGCUCCACGUUUGACACUAUGUCGCCAGCUCCAGCAAUCCCUUCUAACACAGACUAUCCAGGACCACAUUUAUUUGAAGUAACUUUUCAGCAAUCAAGUACUGCUAAGUCAGCUACCUGGACCUAUUCUCCACUGCUGAAGAAACUAUACUGUCAGAUUGCAAAGACAUGUCCAAUCCAGGUGAAACUGGCCUCACCACCACCUCCAGGUAGUGUGGUGCGUGCAAUGCCUGUCUACAAAAAGGCUGAGCAUGUGACUGAAGUGGUGAAACGCUGCCCCAAUCAUGAACUUGGCAGAGAUUUCAAUGAUGGCCAGUCUGCUCCAGCAAGUCACCUGAUCAGGGUGGAAGGAAACAACCUUGCUCAGUACAUUGAUGACGCUGUCACAGGACGGCAGAGCGUCUUGGUGCCAUUUGAGCCUCCACAGGUAGGAACAGAGUUCACUACAAUUCUCUACAACUUCAUGUGUAACAGUAGCUGUGUAGGUGGAAUGAAUCGACGACCUAUCCUCAUCAUCAUCACCUUAGAAACAAGAGAUGGCCAGGUACUUGGACGCCGCUCAUUUGAAGGUCGAAUUUGUGCUUGCCCAGGAAGAGAUCGAAAAGCAGAUGAGGACCAUUACCGUGAGCAGCAAGCCAUCAAUGAGAGUGCAGCAAAGAAUGGAAAUGGUAACAAACGCACCUUCAAACAGACACCACAGGGAGUUCAGGGGCCUAAUACAGGUAUCAAAAAGAGGAGGCAUGGAGACGAGGAGUUCUUCUAUGUACCUGUACGAGGAAGAGAGAAUUUUGAAGUCCUCAUGAAGAUCAAGGAGAGCCUGGAGCUGAUGGAAUUGGUGCCUCAGCAGCUUAUUGACUCAUACCGGCAGCAGCAACAGCAACUGCUUCAACGCCAACAGCAGGCUUCAUCUUCUUAUGGCACAGUGAUACCACCCACAAGCAAGGUACCCAACAUGAUGAACAAACUGCCUUCUGUCAACCAACUGGUGGGACAGCCUUCCCAGCACAGCCCGAGUACCUCAUCCAACCUUGGACAUAUGGGCCAAACUCUAAUGAACAGUCACCAUCAUCAUCACCAUCAUCAUAUACCAACUAAUGGCAAUGUGAAUGGAGGAAAUUCCUCACAAUCGGCAGGCAUAGGGCCAACUUCACACUGCACUCCUCCCCCACCCUACACCGCAGACCCAGCUUUAGUCAGUUUUUUAACAGGUCUGGGCUGUCCUAACUGUCUGGAAUAUUUCACCUCACAAGGGCUGCAGACAAUGUACCACUUGCAGAACCUUUCCUUGGAGGAUCUGGGAGCACUAAAGAUUCCAGAACAGUACCGCCUUCUGAUUUGGAGAGGGCUUCAAGAGUUCAAACAGGGGCACGACUAUAGCUCGCAGCAGCUGAUCAGGUCAAGCAACAACACCGGCACAAUCAGUGGGGAAUUGCAGCGCCAACGGGUGAUGGAAGCUGUCCACUUCAGAGUGCGUCACACCAUCACCAUUCCCAAUCGGGGGGACGACUGGGGAGACUUUGGUUUCGAUGUACCAGACUGCAAGACUCGGAAACAGUCAAUCAAAGAGGAGUUUACUGAGAGUGCAGUGGGGUCCCUGUUCCACAGAUAACAUACCCUCUAAUCCAAGGAGUAUUUCUUGAUGUGUGAGAUCAGAUUGUGAGUGUCUAAAGGUUUUUCAACUGCAGGAUGCAUCUCAACUGAGCCCAGUGUUGUCCUCAAUCAACCAUCUUUAUUGACUUUCAUCCUCAUCCAAAAUGCAAAGACUAAUUAUAGAGAUCCUAUUGUCAUCCUGUUCGAGAUCAGCUAACGCUGUUGACUGGGACUAAGUUCUGAGGUCAAGUCUAACUUGCCAUCAAGUUUUAAUUGACAAUACAUUUAUCAGUAUUUUUAUGAAUACUGAGAGAAUAUUAUGAAUUCAGUUAACCAUUAUGAAUGCUCUCAAACAAUAAAAGACUCAACAAAUUUGCCUAUAAUCAGUCAAUGUACUGAAUUAUCAGACAGGAAAAGUACAGCUGGUCCUUCCAAUCUUUCCAUCACUGCCGUAUCAUUUCUAGCUAAUAAUUUUUCACUCUUUGUCUGGCUGUGCAAUCCUUUGGGAAGAGAGUUAAAAAGGCAUAACAUACUCUGGAAAACUUCUCUCUAAACAUUUCAAACAAUCAAAAUUAGUGUUGGAGAUCACAUGGAUUAAAUAUUUUCUAUAAAACUCAUUCGAUACAAUGGGAUCUCUGCUUUGUCUCGACCAGCACCACCUUAAAGGAAUGCACAGUGAGGACCUAUCACACCCAAACUAUUGGCCAAAACACAGACAGGCUAUGAUAACAUGAUUCAUUCUGAACACCCCUGCUUUAUAAUCACUUUCUAAACAGGUGUCAUGAUUUGUAUUUUGGUAUUAUGAAAUUAUUUUGGAAUUAGCCUGCCAUUUGCUCACUAUCUGAAUUCACACGGGAAGAAUGUGCAAGGUACCAUGCACACACCAUGAAGGUGUAGCCCAAAGAAUUGAUGGAACAAUGGGAGUGGGGGUCAAUAUUGCACAUAUAUUCCCAGAGUUUUGAAAGCCACAGACUUUCGUAGCAGUCACCCAGAAAUAAUCUGCAAUUUUGAACUCACUGCUCUAGGAGGUCUUUCUCAAUCAUAAACUGGUGCACACUGUAAAAUUAUAUUUGGGUCACUUGUGUGUGACCCUACGCCUCUGAAUAGUAGCAAUUUAAAGCACUUUAUUGCUUUAAACAUUUAAGAUUUUAAAAGUUCAAUGUCAACUAAUGCUUUUUAAGCCAGUAUUAAUUGUUACCUUAUACUCCAAACAAGUUGUAACUGUGUACUUUUUAUUAUUUGUA